AUGGUGACUGAAUUUAUUCUUGUGGGCUUUACUGAUAAAUGGGAGCUAAGGUGCCUAAACUCCAUGUUAUUCCUUCUGAUGUACUUGGCCACCCUGAUGGGGAACAUUCUUAUCAUAACUGCUACCACACUUGACCAGAAUCUUCACACACCCAUGUACUUCUUCCUCAGAAAUAUGUCUAUCUUGGAUGUGUGCUACAUUUCUGUCACUGUCCCCAAUGCUUGUGUCAACUCUCUCACUGACAACAGAGUCAUUUCUGUGGCUGGCUGUGCAACUCAGAUCUUUAUGGUAAUUUAUUGUGCAUAUGUGGAGCUUCUGUUCCUCACCAUCAUGGCCCAUGACCGUUAUGUGGCCAUUUGCCAGCCUCUCCACUAUCCAGUUAUCAUGAGCCACAGAUUCUGUGUCUGGACAACAUUGGCCUCCCUGUUCAGUGGGAUCCUCUAUGCAGGCGCACAUACUGGCAACACAUUUCGACUCUCUUUUUGUCAGUCCAACGUGAUCCAUCAGUUCUUCUGUGAUGUUCCCCCACUGCUAAGGCUCUCUUGCACUGAUACAUCUAGCAAUGAGCUCUUAAUACUUGUCUCUGCUAUGGGUGUUUGCGGUGGCUGUUUUGUCUACAUCACCAUGUCAUAUGUUCGCAUACUUUCCACUGUGAAUAAGUUUUCAAGCAAAGAGAGAAGGAAGGCGUUUUCCACAUGUGUCCCUCACCUCCUUGUGGUAUCUGUUUUCCUCACUUCUAUCACUUAUGUGUAUCUAAGACCUGCAGAAAACACUGAAACGAUCCAGGACAUGAUCCUUUCUGUAUUUUAUACCAUAGUUCCUCCAUUCUUGAAUCCUAUCAUUUAUAGUCUUAGAAACAAACAGGUAAAAGAAGCGGUAAGGAAAACACUAUUAAGAAAGAUUUACUUAAGAAAAUGA